GCAAAUCUUGCUCAACUACUGAGUGAGGCUCAGGAUCGAAAUAAACAUCUUGGAGAAGAGAUUAGAGAGCUUCAACAGAGACUGGGAGAAGUACAAGGGGACAAUAAGCUCCUUCGAAUGACAAUAGCAAAGCAAAGACUUGGAGAUGAUGAAGUUGGGGCUCGCCACUUUGCAGCACAUGAACGGGAGGACCUUGUUCAACAGUUGGAGAAGGCUCGAGAACAAAUCGAGACUCUGAGAUACGAUCUUCAAGCUGCACUGGAUGAGUUACAGGAUGUGAAAGAGGAACGCUCUUUUUACCAAGAUAAGUCUGACAGACUAAACCAAGAACUUAAUCAUGUCUUAGGAGGGCAUGAAAAUCGUAUCAUCGAUGUAGAUGCUCUGUGUAUGGAGAAUAGGUAUCUUCAAGAGAGAUUAAAACAACUUCAAGAAGAAGUCAACCUCCUUAAGUCUAAUAUUAAUAAAUACAAGAAUGCACUAGAGAGACGAAAAAAUUCAAAGACUCAUAGUAGAUCCAGUAGCAGUGCUCUGACUGGAGUCCUGUCUGCAAAGCAAGUCCAAGAGUUGUUGUCGGAGGAUCAUGGAUGUAGCCUACCAGCCACACCACAGUCCAUUUCAGAUCUCAAAUCACUGGCCACUGCAUUGCUGGAAACUAUCCAUGAAAAAAACAUGGUCAUACAACACCAAAGGCAAACCAACAAAAUUCUAGGUAAUCGAGUGGCAGAACUAGAAAAGAAAUUAAGAACUUUGGAAAUUGCUGGCUUGUGGAGUCUUCCAGGUGGAAAGGAUACCAUAACGUUCAGUGACCCAACCUUGCCUGUUAUACAGCGGUCCAGGUCACCGUUGUUAGCGUUUACUGAUAAGCCACAGAAAACUGAAGUACAAGCAUUCCCUGAAGACGGAACAAAACAGAAGGCAGAACGUGAUGAAACUUGUGCUGUUGCAAGUGAGUCCCUGGCUCCGGAGGGAACAAACUUAAAUAACAGAAACCAAAAUAAACAUUUUUAUCCUUCAUUACCCCAGCUACCUUCCGAGGAAGAAGAAAUAAACAAGCUCGGAAGUCAGAUAAUUAAACUGACAGAGCAGGCAGUUGCAGAACUGGAAGGGAAAAGAGCAGGUGCUUCCACAGGAGAGCAGAACACGGUGGUUGGAGCAGAGCUUAAUGGUUCAUCUGAGGGAGAGUUCCCACUUCCCAGCCCUGACCCAUCUGACCCCACAGAUCCCUCAAACUCAGAGAACGAACAAACAGCUGAAACUGAGGCCUUGAAGGACAAUGACGAAACCUCAGAGAGCGAUUGUGAAAUCCCAAAUGAAAGAGGGGAUCAAAAUAGCAGCACCGUGGAUGUGGUGCGUACUGAGGACCCUGGAAGGCAUGGAGGGCUCAGCGUUACAACUGCGCACACAAAUAACAGCUUUGAGGAGUUCUCUGAAUCUGAAAACAAGAAACCAUCUGAUCCUGCUUAA